AUGGAUAACGAGAAUGUACGGUUACCUAUAUUUUGGGAACAACUUUGUAUAAUAUCGUCGUUGAUUUCAAUAGGGAUUUCAGUUUAUGGAAUAAUAAAUCAUAUAUUGCAGUAUAGAAAACCAAUUGAACAAAGGCUGGUAAUAAGGAUAUUGAUAAUAGUUCCUCUUUUCAGCAUUACAUGUCUUAUUGCAACUUUAUAUCCUAGAUUUGCUCAACUGUAUACUGAUCCCAUAAGGGAGGUUUAUGAAGCUUUUACUAUAUUUGCAUUUUUUUCACUAUUAAUUCUGCUAUUAGGAGGUGAAAGACACAUUGUUACACAAUUGACAUUACAUCAUGGUCCAGUAAAACAUCCUGUUUAUAUUCUAAGAAAAAUUUUACCUGAUCUGGAUCUUUCAGAUCCAAGUGAUUUAUUAUUAGUGAAACGAGGUGUAAUGCAAUACGUUUGGUUUAAACCAAUCUAUUGCUUGUGUACAUUAUUAUUGGAAAUUUGGAGUUUCCCCAAGUUGAAAUUUAUUCUAAUUCUAAUUUAUAAUGCAUCAGUGACUACUUCUUUAUAUAGCUUAGCAUUGUUUUGGAAGUGCUUAGCACAUGAAUUGAUACCAUUUAACCCAUGGCCUAAAUUCUUAUGCGUGAAAUUAAUUAUAUUUGCAUCAUACUGGCAGGGAAUUAUAUUACAGUUACUAGUAUAUUUUGGGAUUUUGAAUAAUGGUAAUAGUGGGUAUCAAGCUUAUGUUCUCCAAAAUGCUAUACUUUGCAUUGAAAUGAUAUUUUUUUCUUUGUUUCAUUUAAUUGCCUUUCCAUGGAAACCUUAUUCCCCCAAAGCAAUGCCUUCAAGUGCAAAAAUGAAACCAUUAUAUGCAAUAAGGGACUGUUUUGGGAGCUAUGAUGUAUUAUGGGACUUUAUGCAUGCAUUUUUCUUUGGAUCCUCUUAUUACACAUACAGAAAUUUCGAAACUCAUAAUGUUGAAAGCUCCCUUAUAUCUAAUAUGAACGCAUAUUCAAGAUUAAGACAACUAGAACGUGGAAUAAGGUUCAAAAAUAAUGGUACUGAUAAGUAUUGGGUUAACGAAUAUGGUAGUAUCCCAAAUUCUCAAAGCAAUUCAAUAGAUACCAUUGGAAACAAUAAUUUGAAUACAGAUGAUCUGGAAAGCGGGAAUAAUUCAUUCGAAGAUGACAUAUCAAUCGGAUGGGAUGAUUCUUUAGGGACUCAAAGCUUUAUACCUGAAGAUCCCAAUUAUCCAGUAAUUUGGGAUGUAGAUGGCUAUAGGUAUUCAAAUAAUAUACACACCAUUAGAGCAAUUAUAGAUGGAAAGCACGAUCAACAAGAUAACAUUGUUGCUAAUUUUUGA